UGGAAAGGCCAAGACUUGCUCUUAUCGCACUCAUGUUUUUACUGUUUCAUCAAAAAAGCAUCGAUGGAGAAGAAGUGGAGAUGAAAGUCAGUCCAGGAGACAACAUCACUCUCUACUGUGAUCACUCUGUAACUUUUGGUUCUCUCAUUGUAUGGAUAAGAAACUGCUCUCAUGAAAAUCAACCCUCUCUCAUAAUAGAUUUUAGGAAACUGGACGUUGAGAUAUUUCAGCGAUUCAGCUUUAUCCACAACCGUUAUAAUAAUUCUCAUGAUCUACAUAUCACUAACAUCAGUGUCUCUGAUCUGGGACUGUACUACUGUGCAAAACUAGAGAAUAAGGUAAAUCAAGAUGAAAAAGGCAUCCUCUCCUCAUCUGAGGUGUACUCUUAUGGAAACCGGACAACUCGUCUCUCUCUGGAAGAAGUGACUUCCUGUUCUGAACCCUCUGCACCUCCUGACUGUCUGCUCUGCUGGACGCUUCUGUUUAGUGUGUGUCCAGUGUGUGUUUUCCUCUCCUUCAUCUGUGUGUUCUACCUCUUUUGUAAGAAAACAGAUGCUGCGACAGAUCAGAAAGAUAAGUUAAAAGGUAGAAAUACAGCUGAGUGUGCGGAUGAAGAGGUGUGUUAUGCAUCUUUAGACGUGAUAACCAAGAGACAAAAACAACGCAAGACAAAGCGAGUGCAGAGUUCUGACUUCAGUACUUACGCUCAGGUCAGAACACAAACUGAAGAGACCUAAAACAGAACUGAGGUGGAUUCUGCAAAGUUGCAGGUUUCAUUGUCAUGUAACAUCACAUGUAAUCAUACAAAGUAGAUGACUUUUUACCAUUACAUCUGAAUGUAAAAUAUAUGUAAUUCCAAACUUGGAUACUUUUUUCACGUGAUUAUUUUUAUGAGUUAAUAAAUUCAAACCUGUAAAUUUGUUCAUCUGGUACUGGUGCAGUACAAGUUUUUUUUUUUUUUCAUUUCUAAUAAAAAUGCUUUAUUGCAGUCUUUGUGGAC